UACCCUUUAUGCAUCAUAAUAUAUUUAAUUUUUUUUAAAUGACAACAUAAAAAUUCUCCCCAUAUUAUGCCCCCUCUUAUAUUUUGGACACAAAUACCCUCCUCCCCUCCUCACUCAAAUUUAACACUUCACUCUCUCUAUUUCUUUCUCUCAUCCCUCAUUUACAGCCAUUUUUUCACAGCUCGGAGGUGGAACGGAUUGGAAGUUUCUUGGCGUUUUUAAGAGAAAAAAUCAUGGGUUCCAGAGUUAAUAUAAUUGUUUCUUACAACGGUGUUUGGGAACAGAAAGGAGAAAAAUGGAAUUUCAAAGCUGGUUCGAACACUAUAAUACAUGUACCAAUUGAUGUUGGUUACAUAGAAUUAUUGGAGAAGUUGUAUUCAAAGUUGAAAGUGGAUAGGUCAUUGUUUGACUUAAAGUUGGAAGUGCCGUUUACAUGCAAUGAUUUUAGUGUAGAUCCCAUUGAAAUCACAGAUGAUGAAGGAGUUAGUGCUCUUAUUCUUGAAAAUUCAAAGUCCUUAAAACAUCGGGUUCCUUUAUGCGUUAGUUCGAUUGCAAAGAACAUUGCUCUUAUUGAUCCAUCUCCUAGAGCGAGUGUUAAUAUGGAAAAUCAUAAUCAAUCAUGCACGGCUAUUCUACAAACAGCUACUGGGCCAAGUGUAUGCAUGGGAGGUCCUAGUCAUAAUGAAACUUUUUUUCCCCCAACAAAUCUCCCGCAUGAUGAUGGGUAUGAGUAUGAGCCUUAUGUCAAUGACGAUCCAGUUGCCCUUUUUGGUGAUAAUGAUGAAAGAGUUGAGGGGUGCAGUAGUUCUGAUGAUAACUCAGAGGAUCAGUUGUCGAUGCUACAUGUGGUUCAAGUAGAUAAUUUAAAUGUACGACCAUUGCCAAGUCGUCAAGAAAGCCAAGGACGAAGGACUGCUGGAUCAGAGAGCAGUCGUCCAACUACACAAGAUGAUGGAAAUAGAUGGAGUUCUCCAGCGUAUACUGCUGAAGAUAUCCCAUGCCCCUCUUAUGCUAUCCCCACGUUAUCUGGGGUGAGUUGUGGAGUAAUAGAAGUUGGGAAUAUUUUUGAGAACAAGUUAGAGUUGAAGACGAAGGCACACUUGUAUGCAAUGAAGCAGAACUUCGAGUUUGUGGUGAAGAAGUCAGCUUGGAGAUGUCGAGAGAAGGCUCUUUCUUAUGUUAGAGGGACACUGGAAGCAUCCUACCAGAAGUUACCAUCGUACCUGUUCAUGCUUCAACAGAAAAAUCCCGGGACGUUGAUAGAUUUUGUCACUGAGGAAGAUCGAUUCAAAUAUUUCUUUUUCUCACUCGGAGUUAGUAGAAGAGGGUUUCGUACAUGUCGUCCUGUGUUAUGUGUGGACGGUACCUUUUUAAAGACAAAAUACGGUGGGCAGAUGUUAUGUGCAGUCGCGCUGGAUGCAAAUAACCAUCUAUAUCCAGUUGCAUUUGGUAUUGUGGAUAGUGAGAAUCAUGAUUCUUGGAAGUAUUUCAUGUCAAAGCUAAAAGAAGCGAUUGGGGAAGUCGAGGACCUGGCGUUUGUAUCUGACAGGCAUGCAAGUAUUACACAUGCCUUGGAAACUAUUUUCCCCGAUGCGUAUCACGGUGCUUGCUACCACCACAUUAGUAUGAAUGUGGUUGCUAAAUUCAAGACUGAUCAUUGUCAUGUGUUGAUGUAUAAUGCGGCAUAUGCUUUUAGGAAAUUCGAGUUCCACGCUAACUUCGAAAAAAUCAAAUCAAAAGACCCAGCCAUUGCUCAAUACCUAGAAGGAAUGGGUUUUGAUAAGUGGUCCCGUGCUUACUUUCCUGGAAAUAGGUAUAAUAUAAUGACAAGCAAUUACGCUGAAAGUUUCAACAAUAAGACCCGGGACGCUAGGAGCUUUCCGAUAACUACAUUCGUCGAAUUUAUUCGCUUCACACUACAGUCCUGGUUCUGUAAUAGGAGAGAAACUAGCGAGAAGACAACUACCACUCUUGCACCGACCUAUGAGAAAAAUUUGGUGGAUAUGGCUGAGAAAGCUCGAUUCUUGAUUCCUUAUGCAAUAGGGAGGCAUGAGUUCCAUGUGUUAGAUGGUGAGCUGAAUGGUGAAGUCGACCUCCUGAAUAAGACAUGCACAUGCGGCGUGUUUCAGAUUAUUGGCAUCCCAUAUUACUAUAAAAUUGAGACAUGGAGGUCCUCUUACAUAGAAUCUAUAUAUCCUACUGGUAACGAGGAAGAGUGGAUUGUUCCACAUGACAUUAUGACAAUAACAGUGAGAACACCUGUGCAGAAAAACCCGGUUGGUCAUCCAAAGAAGAAACAAGGUAGGCCUAAGAUGAAACGCCAUCCUUCCAAUGGAGAUAAAUUGGUUGUUCCACGCAAGUGCAGCACUUGUGGAGGUCUAGGCCAUAAUAGGGCAACUUGUAAAGUUCGUGUUUGA